AUGGCGAAUAACAACGGGGUCAGAGAUAUUGAUAAAGAGGCGGCGGUGCUGUUGUUGCAGAAGACCUCCGAGUCUGACCCGAUUCAUCCGAAGACCCGAACCAUUACCAUGAAGGUGCACGUGUACAAGCAAGGGAAGGGCCCGAUCGACAUCAUCAAAAUGGGCCUGGCCGGGUGGGACCAGGACCAGUUCGAGGUGCGCGAGAUCAUGGACAAGUAUGGAUUUAAAUCGAUGUACACGUUCACGCCCGGAUUUGGUCGGGGCGUGCCGAUCCAGUUCAACUUGAGGAAUGGCCGGUCCCUCUUACAGGGACGGUGCCGUUAUUUAUGUUGA